AGAGGGGGCAGAGGGACUAGCAUGGGCUUGGAACUUACAUGGUCACAUGGGAAUUUAGGAUCAGUCUGAGAUUCAUUAAAAACAUUUUAAUUAUUUACGAAGGAUUAAGUUUUUGGAGUUAAUGAUUUGAGAGUUUGCUGGAGGUCAGAUCUGUGUGUCAGGAUGAAAUAGGCCGUUCGUCCAGGUUGGUUAAUGAGGAAUACGACAUGUACUGAACGUUCAGGAUCCCAACAAGACAGCAGGAAAGCGUCCACCAUCCUGGAUUCUAAUAUGAUGCUCAAGAAGGUCCGAUUUCAGGAUUCUCAUGUCCCUGAGCGAGUAAGUGAAAACACGCUGGUCAUGGAUAGUUUGAACCAAAAUCUUACCAGUGGACAUCAGUCUCAUCAAGUGUUCCAGAGCACUCCACUGGAUUUGAUUGAGACUGGGAAAGCCCUGAAGGUCCAAGCAGAGUGCCCGCAUUUGGUCAGUCUAGGAAGUGGCCGUCUCAGUACAGCCAUCACCCUCUUACCCCUGCCUGAAGGCAAGACCACUCUGGGUCACGGAGCCAUGGACAUCAACAUCCAGGGCCCAGGGAUCGCAGCUCAGCACUGCUUCAUUGAAAACAAGGCAGGACUCAUCACGCUGCACCCCUGUGGAAACCAGUGUAGCAUGGACGGACUACCGGUCACCAAACCUGUGCGCCUGUCUCAAGGCUGUAUGCUGUGUUUCGGCCAAUCCGCCUUUUUCCGUUUCAACCACCCCGAGGAGGCUUUCCGAAUGAAAAGCAUGAUGCCUGAGGGAGCACAGACAGCCAGUGUGAAAAACUGGGCCCACACAGAUUCUGAGAACCUGAUCAAUGGGAACCACUCGUCAGGAGCGCCAAAAUCUCACUUGGUCUCCAACGAGAGAGUGCGCCCUGAGCACAGUGCCAUCGUCAGUUCCAUUGAGAAGGACCUUCAGGACAUUAUGGACUCAUUAGUCAUGGAUGACCCUCAGCCCUCUUCCUCUGAGUCAAAGAAGCCCUCUGGUCUGCCCAUCUCCCAGUCUCCCUUGUCCCCCAUGUUAAAUGGAGGGGGGCGCUUCCUUCUCUCACCCCCAACGAGCCCUGGUGCUAUGUCUGUGGGCUCCAGUUAUGAGAAUACCUCUCCUCCUUUCUCUCCUCUCUCAUCCCCAUCCGCUGCCAGCAGUGGCAGCUACACCAGUCCAUCUCCAAGUGGUUGUCAGAACCAGCUUCACACGCUUCCUCCUGUGCCAGUGAGGUCUUCUAGUUACAAUUACACCAGCCAGCCACCCAUACCUCAGCCACGAACCAUACUGCCCAGCUAUUCCGGUGGCAACAGUGGGCCAAAGGUGCCUGAGAGUCCCAGACUCCAGCGAAAGGCUCUUUUAGAAGCACCGCCAAGCCCAAAGCCAAGUCGUUGGGGGUUGAACCAAGACAGCUCGGUGGCUAAAACCCCAGACAGCCCCAUACAGACUCACAUUCUGCCCUCAGUCUCAAUCUCUACUGCUCCGACUGAUCACCCAUCUGUCAGUCGGGUUCCAGUUCCAGGUAGUCCCAGACUGACCCCCAAAUUCUCCACCGCAUCCCCAUCCUCCUCGCCCUCUAGUCCUAGAACCAAAACUGCCAUUGUUCUCCAGGAUCGGCCCUCAAGUCCUUUCUGGGAGCAGCCUCAGCCAGAUCGCUCCUUGACCUCUAGCCCCUCUAAUCAACUCUCCCCACCCUCGCGAUCUUUCCAGCCCCCCUUGGACCCCAUUGUCCACAUCAUUCAGGGUGGACCUCCACACCCACAUCCUCGCACAUUGCAGCCUCCAGAAAGUCUGCGGCUGGCCCGCAGGAAUCUUGAAGGGAGUAGCAUGAGGGAGCUUCCUCCUCUUAGCCCCUCUAUAGCUCGCAGGGGGGUUCCUGUGCUCCCCGGAGCUCUACCGGGAACCCUGCGGACUCCAGAGAGUCCAUCCCCAAGAAUGGUGCCAGAGAGUCCCAGACUCAGGCGGAAAGCAGGGUCUCCUACAGAGGAGCCAUUCAGCCCUCGUGGGGUGCGUGCUCGUAGUCCUUCACCCACCUCCGGACUGAUGGGGGAAGGCAGUGGACGGAAGGGCAGUUUUGGGAACUCGCUCUCUUCCGCAUUCAGCCUGGGUUCUCUGCCUGGGUCAUCGCCCCGAUCCAGUCCUAGGAGCCACAGAAAGAUGUCAGCGGGCCACAGGGACCUUCGGAUGCCUCACCCUGGCAUGAGGGAACGCAAAAAUAGCAUCACAGAGAUCAGCGACAACGAGGAUGACCUUCUGGAGUACCACCGGCGCCAAAGAGAAGAACGACUCAGAGAGCAAGAAAUGGAGAGGCUGGAACGGCAGCGACUGGAAACAAUCUUGAACCUCUGUGCCGAGUACAACAAGGGCGACGGGCCGGCGGGAGAUCUGGGUAGGAUGGGCGUCUCUGGGCUUGGCUCGAGGGACGGGCUUAACGUCAGACGUCCUUCCUUGGACAGUGUGAGCAGCGCUUCCCUAAGGGUGGCACAGAGACAUCGUGAAAGCCAAGAGGAGAACCUGAAGGGGGACAGGAUUAGCACUGAGAGUGCGCAGCAGGACGGACGGACCCCAACAACUCUGUUAAAUGGACAAAAUGGACAGGCAGAGGACUCUCUGGGAUCGGGCAGCAUUGGCCGUCUGGAACUGGGAUACCUGGAGGAGGAGCGGGUUCGAGUGCUGGCAAAGGUAGAUGAGCUCAAAGCUCGAAUCAUAGAACUGGAGCAGCAACUUCAGGAGUCCAAACAGGAGGCGGAGAUUGAAAGAGCUCUGCUGCAGGGAGAGAGACAGGCCGAGCUGGAGCAAAUCGAGGCCGAGACAGAGAUUAUCAACCAGCUGCAGCGCAAACUCAGCGAACUGGAGAGCACCAUCCAGAGAGAGAAAGACAAGGCAUGCCAUUCUGUCGGAUGGCCACUCAAGGCCCAUUCUGGUCUCGAUUGCCAUCCCCAGGAGAGGGCUAAUGUUGACGCGGAGCGGGAAGCCCUGGAGAGGCUUCAGGAUGGGUACAAUGAGUUGACGAGCCAGCUCCAUAACUGCCCUGAGUCUCUGAGGGAGCAGUUACAGGAACAACUCAAGAGGGAAGCUGAGACUCUUGAGGCUGCGACUAAGCAGUUUGAGGACCUGGAGUUCCAGCAGUUAGAGAAGGAGAGCAGUCUGGAGGAGGAGCGCGAGACCAUCAGCCAGCAGCUGCUGCAGGACAGAGCUCAGUACCACAGCAGCGUCGCCAAAAGAAAAGAAAAAGUUGCAGCAUUGGAAAGCCAAGCCAAUCAGCUGGGAAUACAGGCUGCUCAGGAGUGUGAGAGGCUGGCCAAAGACAGAAGUAUGACAUUGCAGCUGCUACAGAAGGAAAAGGAAAGGCUGGCCAAUCUGGAGAGAAGAUACCAGAGCUUAACUGGUGGAAAGACGUUCCCCAAAAGCUCCAACACUGUAAAGGAGCGUCAGUUGGACUGGGGCAGGCCUCAGAUGCCUGCUCUAGAUUUAGAGCGCUGGUACCAGGAGGUAAUGGCAGCUGGAGAUGCAAACCAUCUCUGCCCUCCUCCUCCCCUCCCAGCUAAAGCUUUCUCAUCACGCAAGCCUGCGCAGGUGUACCGCUCUCGACUGGACAGUGAUACCAGCCAAUCGUCAAUUUCGAGACCGAAAAUCAGCGCCGGUCUGUCCCCCACAUACACUACAGCUACACUGGGACGCAACACUCCUGCCAGGAGUCCUCUGAUGGUAGUCAACAGCACCGGGAGUCUCCCACGCAACCUGGCAGCCACCCUGCAGGACAUUGAGACCAAGAGGCAGCUGGCUCUCCAGCAGAAAGAAUUCUUGCCCUCCGUCUUUGAGUCGUCCUCCAGUACGGACAGUCCCACAGGCCAGCAGGUGAUUGAGGAGCAGCGGAGGCGUCUGGCCGAGCUGAAGCAGAAAGCUGCAGUAGAGGCUCAGUGCCAGUGGGAGGCGCUCCAUGGCUCUCAAACGCAGCUCAACAGUCCCUUUUCCUCCACCUCUGGGCCAGUCAUGCACCACUCCAUCCUGCACCACACAGCGCCCUCUUCUGGGGAACAGCCUUAUGACACCCUCAGCCUGGAGAGCUCGGACAGCAUGGACACAAGCAUCUCCACUGGAAACAACUCGGCCUGCUCUCCUGACAACAUGUCCAGUGCCAGCGGUAUGGAUGCGCUGAAGAUCGAGGAGAUGGAGAAGAUGCUGAAAGAGGCACAGCUAGAGAAAACUCGACUCAUAGAGUCCAGAGAACGAGAGACUCAGGCCCGUAAACUCAUGCUAGAGGAGGAGAGAAGAAGAAGAGAGGAGGCGGAGAAGAGACUGCAGGAGGAGACGGUACACAGACAGCAGUUGAUAGAGAAGGAGGGGAAGAUGAGGGCCAAAAACUUCUCUCAGGCCCGCCCGAUGACCCGAUACCUGCCCAUUCGCAAAGAGGAGUUUGACCUCCGUUCCCACAUCGAGUCCUCAGGUCACAGCGUGGACACAUGCUACCACGUGAUUCUCACCGAAAAGAUGUGCAAGGGCUAUCUUGUCAAGAUGGGAGGGAAGAUCAAAUCCUGGAGGAAGCGCUGGUUCGUCUUUGAUCGCCUUAAAAGGACGUUUUCCUACUACGCCGAUAAACAUGAGAGCAAAUUGAAGGGCGUCAUCUACUUCCAGGCUAUCGAGGAGGUUUACUAUGAUCACCUGCGCAGUGCCACAAAGAAAGGACUUUUCAAUCUGAAUUUGACAAACAGCCCCAACCCCUCCCUGACCUUCUGCGUGAAGACGCACGACAGACUGUAUUACAUGGUGGCCCCGUCCGCAGAGGCCAUGAGGAUAUGGAUGGAUGUGAUAGUAACAGGAGCCGAGGGCUACACGCAGUUCAUGAACUGAGACAAAACCCACCACUCAAAACGGAAACCGUUCGGCAGGGAAACUUCAAAUGACCCAGACCUGCUAUUCCCAAUGAGAGGAAAAACUUUAUUUUGUUACUUCCUUUUUUUCUUCUUCUCGUGUUUCCUGGAGAUGUUAUAUAUUCACUCAGAUGCACAGACAGAUAUCCACCAGAGGCUUUCCAUGUCUGCCUGGAUUGAAAAAGGGAGAAGACGAAAAGACCCGGUGAACCAAACCUGCAGGUGGUGGUUCACUCACCAUCGACGAAAAUGCCUUUUUGCCGUCAGAGAUAUUUUUCAGUUGCAGUUUAUCUUGUCUGGAUGUGCAGAAACUUGACUUUCAUUUCAGUUUGUCCCACGAUUUGUCUUUUCAAACAUAAUGGGAAAAAUGCCAAAUGCCAUCAAGCCAUUCUGGAAUAGUGUUGCGUUAAAUAUUUGAUGGGAUCGACCGACACGAAAUGAUGAGAGAAUAUAAAUUAACUGCAGUACAUUUAAAUGAUGUUUUAAAUUAAAUGGAGUAUUACAUUCACAUUUAAAGAUCCGGUAUCACAAAAACAAAGACUUGAUUCACCAAAGCUCACCUACCAGCUCAGGAGUCUGUAUUUAUUGUAGAGGGACAUCAGCGACUCCUGUCCAAGUGUAUCCCACUGCGUCUCUGUGUUCCCAGUUCAUUCUUUUAGAUACAGAACCACAAACGCAUGCACACACACACAUACCACGUACAACAGUAGAGUCUAUUUGCCAAGUCCUGACAACUUGAUCUUGAGUUUUGACUCCCAAGGGAGGCAGCCAUCACCUAUCACUGCCAGCCUACGAGAGUUUGGAAUAAUUGCCACAAACAGGAGAAAAAGAAACAACAUCAUAAUAAUGCAAGUCAUGCAGUGCCUUGAUAUUGACCCAUAUUUGUCACUUUUAGUAUCUGAACUGUUACACUAGUGAAAAACAGCUGGAAUCACAGUCGUAAGGUGCGGUCACAUUAGCAAGAUUUUGAAGGUCAUAAAGGUCUUUUAUCAAUUGUUUUGAGAUGUAUGAAGUACAGCUCACACAGAAAUCAAAACAAGCAACUGUAAAUUCGUGUGAUCAACUUGAAGCGGUUUUGAAAUCUGCUUUGAAAUCAUGCAAAAUGCAGAUUGCAUGGAUGCCUAUUGAAAUUCGCCUGCGAAAAUUCACUGAACAACAGUAAAUUAGCAAAAAUUUUGUGAAAAUACAUAGGCAAAAAAUGUCAAUUGUUUACUGUCAGUGUAGCGGUGCAUUGGGGAAGUCGUGGCCUAAUGGUUAGAGAGUCGGAUUCGU